CUCCCUCUCUCUUCCCUUUUUCUCUCAGGCAGACAGGCUGUUCCACUCACUAUCAAGUUUUCUAGCCUGUGUUUUGCUCCGACCCUGCCUCAGUCACAUCAUCUGAGUGACGCACAAGUUUCUUUUGUGAGUUGCGGCUUGGCUGGGCUCACAAAUGGACACACUUUUCCUGGAGAAAAAAGACAAAUGCCUUCAAAUGUACCGUUUUCUGGUGCUGAUUUGUCUCCUGGACGCAACAUGGGGUCAGAUACGCUACUCUAUUCCAGAGGAGCUGGAGCACGGCGCUUUUGUGGGCAACAUUGCCGAGGACCUGGGCUUGGAUCUCAACAAGCUGUCGGCACGCAGAUUUCGGAUCGUUUCAGGCGUGAAGAAGCAAUACGUGGAGGUCAAUCUGGAAAACGGGGUUCUGUUUGUCAACGAAAGGAUUGACCGCGAAGAACUCUGCGAGCAGAGUUUGUCCUGUUCCUUCCACUUGCAGGUGGUGAUAGAGAACCCCCUGGAGCUUUACCGGGUCGAGAUGGAGAUUCUGGACGUGAAUGACAACUCUCCGAGUUUCCCGUGGACGGAAUUCAACCUGGAUAUAUCAGAGUCUUCCGCGCCCGGAUCGCGGUUCCCACUUGAGAGCGCGCAGGAUUUGGAUGUCGGCUCUAACUCGUUGCGCACGUAUUUACUCAGCGUAAAUGAGCAUUUCCUUUUGGACAUCCAGACGCGCAGCGAUGGGAGUAAAUUUGCCGAACUGGUUCUGCAGACCCCUUUGGACAGAGAGCAACAGAGCGCGCAUCAGAUGGUUUUGACUGCAGUGGACGGUGGCGCGCCGGAGAGAUCCGGCACUGCGCAAAUUGAUAUCACCGUUUUGGAUGCGAACGAUAACGCGCCGGUGUUUGACCAGUCCUUCUACAGAGUCCGGCUGGCUGAAAACGCACCCAAAGGUACCGUGGUCAUUAAGCUGAACGCGUCCGAUUUGGAUGAAGGAACCAACGCGGAUAUAACUUACUCAUUCAGCGGACACGCUCCCAUUAAAGUGCGCCAGCUGUUCAGCGUGGAUCCGCGCACCGGGGAGAUAAAAGUCAAGGGCGUGAUUGACUACGAAAAGGCAAGGAUGCACGAGAUAUACGUCCAGGCUAAAGACAAAGGUCCGUCAGCGGUGGCCGUUCACUGUAAAGUGCUUGUGAAUGUUUUGGAUAAAAAUGACAACGUCCCGGAGGUGAUCCUGACCUCCGUGUCCACUCCGGUUCAGGAAGACGCGCCCCCCGGCACGGUGAUAGCCGUCAUCAGCGUCACGGACAAGGACUCGGGUGAAAACGGGAACGUGGACUGUGAGAUUCCCAGUCAAGUUCCCUUCCAGCUUCACUCUUCCUUUAAGAACUAUUAUACGUUGGUCACCAGCGGUUAUCUGGACAGGGAGGCCGUGGCAGAGUACAACAUCACCUUAACUGCCCGUGACAUGGGCUCCCCGCCUUUGUUAACAAGAAAAACCAUUCUGGUUCAAGUGUCUGAUGUGAAUGAUAACACGCCACAGUUCAAGCAACCGUCCUACUCGGUGUAUCUGACUGAGAAUAACGCGCCAGGGGCAUCCAUCUGCUCGGUGAGCGCCCUGGACCCAGAUUCAGGUCAAAAUGCCUAUCUUUCUUACACCAUCCUGGAUGGGGACAUACAAGGGAUGCCUGUGUCCACAUAUGUGUCUGUCAACUCAGACAACGGCAACAUAUACGCGCUGCGCUCGUUUGACCAUGAACAACUGAAAAACUUUCAGAUCACAGUUCAAGCGCAGGACGCGGGGUUUCCUCCGCUCAAGAGAAACGCGUCUGUGAAUAUUUUUAUUUUGGAUCAGAAUGAUAACGCCCCCGUGAUUGUGUCCCCGGUGCCACGGAAUGGGACGCCAGCGGUGGAAGCCGUGCCAAAAUCUGUCGACGCCGGCUAUCUCAUCACCAAAAUCAACGCCAUGGAUGCAGACACCGGCCAGAACUCGCGUCUUCUCUAUCAGCUGCUUCAAGCCACAGACUCCAGUCUGUUCAGCGUGGCUCUGUACACGGGUGAGAUCAGAACUCUCCGCCAGUUAACGGACACAGACCCCACUAGGCAUAGAUUGGUCAUUCUGGUGAAGGACAAUGGUCAACCAGCCCUCUCGGCCACAGUUUCCAUCAUUCUGUCAGUGGUUGACAGCCUGCCAGAAUCGCAGCCCGAUUUGGGUGACCUGUCACGAAGCCCACAUCACAGCUCCAACUUCAGCGUGUACUUAAUCGUGUCCCUGGGCGCCAUUUCCUUCACGUUUCUCGUGGCCAUCAUUGUCCUGGUGGCCGUGAGGAGCCUGAAGGACAGAUCUUCCUGUCGAGACUCAGACUUCCCCUCUAUCAGCGACUGGUGCGGCUGCUGUUCCCGCUCGGAAGCACACACCACGACGUACAAGUCCAACUUCAACGUGCGGGUGUCGACGGAGGUGGCUGGAUGCGCAGACUCAAACAGCAGCAGCAGCAGCAGCGCGCUGACGCAGGCGUACUGCUAUAAAAUGUGUCUGGAACCGGAAUCCUCCAAAAGUGACUUCAUGUUCCUCAAACCCUGCAGUCCAAUGAUGUCAGCGCAGCAAAACAAUACCAAGAGCACCGACUAUUUGACCUCUGGAUGGAGCGCACUGGACCGGAACGACCUGGCCAACAACAGAGUGCCCUCUCCCAAAGAGAUCACGUACUCUGGCAAGGACUGGACCUUGACUAAGAACCAGCGGAACUCUGCAUACAAGAGGUACAGUUCCGCCCAGAUGGAUGGUAUGUUGUCCUCUCAGCAGAAGUACGACGUCCCUGAUGGAUAUUACACACCAGUGGCUCCACAGUACUGGACCUGGGGAAGCCAUAUGAAGGACUGCAAGACGUCCAUUCAAGAAGGAGCAGAUCCAAACCAGUCCUGGACUCCGAAGUAUCCUCAACCUCAGUCGGAUCCAGCAGACUACCAGCACAACGUCUUCAUCCCCGGCACCACCUCUGGCUACAGCACUCUCAAGUUCCCUUCCAGAGGCGAUCUGGACGUCUAUAACUCCUUUUCCACGUUUGGAAAAAAGAAGAAAUUCCAUUCUUAUGAACAAGCCUACGACAACGAUGACACUGUAAUAAGUAACCACAUGUUUAAUUAAUGUGUGGAUUCUUGUGCUCUGUGGUUUCUUACAUUGGUCUGUAUGUCACCGGUUUCAUUGUUUACUCACAUCUUUCCCAUGACCAACACACGAUUAUAUUUUCAGUGAUCAGUGAACAUUGAUGUGUAUUAUUCAUAUAGUUUUUGUAAAUAGAAAAAUAUUUUGUAAAUCUCUAUAAUCAUCGGUGGUGAUAAUAACAACAAUGUUUACGUGUAUAAUUACACAGCAGUUUGCCCAGCUGCGUUAUAAUAAGUGUAAUGCAUUGCUGUGAUCAUUAAAACCAAGGAGUUGUUGAGGAAUAUUGACGGAGAAAAGUAUGCGGAAAUGUUUUUGCGAUUCCUAAAAUAUACCACAAUUUGAACCUCUUUGUAAAUAGCUUAUGUGCAGAACAUAUUAAUAAAACAUGACAG